AUAUAUAUAAGAAAGAUGAAAUCAUCAAUUGUAAUUAAAUCAGCUGGAUUUAUAUUUAUUGCACUAGCUUUUUUCUAUUUAGGUAUGCACUGGUCUGAUGAUAAUAAUUAUCAAAAUCAAUUAGUCUUUUUCAAUCCUAAUAACUUAAAUUUAAACCCUAGAAUCUCAAUUUCCCCUAAUUUCAAUAAAACUUUUGAUAUUACUUCAUUUAUUAGCGUUAAUGAUACUUCAGCUAUUAUUAACAACAAUAAUACGGCCGGAAAAGUAAACGAAAACGAUCAUACGUUAGUUUUACCUCCGGUUUCGGUAAAUGUGAUAUUGUCUCCUCCGCCGCCGGUGCCGCCGGUGCAGAGGUUGGGGAUAGUGGAUGAGAAUGGGGUAAUGAGGAGUGAUUUUGAGGUAGGAGAGUUUGAUCCGGAUGUGGUGGAGAGUUGGAAUAAUGAGACGGAGGUGACGGAUGGGGAUGUGGAAGGGGUUAGGGUUAGUGUGCCGAAAUUUGGGAAGUGUAAGGCGAUUAUGAGUGAUUAUAUACCUUGUAUGGAUAAUGUGGAGGUGAUUAAGAGGUUGAAGUCGACGAAGAAAGGGGAGAAGUUUGAGAGACAUUGUCCGGAGAAUGGUAAGGGGUUGAAUUGUUUGGUGCCGAAUCCUAAAGGCUAUAAAGCUCCGAUUCCUUGGCCAAGAAGCCGCGAUGAGGUGUGGUAUAGCAAUGUUCCACAUGCACAGUUAGCUGAAUAUAAGGGUGGUCAAAAUUGGAUUGUUGCAUAUAAGGAUAAAUUUAGGUUUCCGGGAGGUGGUACACAGUUCAUACAUGGUGCAGAUCAAUAUAUAGAUCAGAUUUCAAAGAUGAUUCCAGAGAUUGCUUUUGGGAAGCAUACACGGGUUGUAUUAGACAUUGGAUGUGGUGUAGCAAGUUUCGGUGCAUAUUUAACUUCACGAAACGUACUUACUAUGUCUGUAGCUCCAAAAGAUGUACAUGAGAAUCAGAUUCAGUUUGCUUUGGAGCGUGGUGUGCCUGCAAUGUUGGCAGCUUUUGCAACAAAACGAUUGCUCUAUCCAAGCCAGGCUUUUGAUUUAAUUCAUUGUUCAAGAUGUAGAGUUAAUUGGACUCGUGAUGAUGGGAUUUUGCUGCUUGAGGUCAAUAGAUUGCUCCGGGCAGGAGGAUAUUUUGUUUGGGCAGCACAACCAGUUUACAAGCAUGAGGCACUGCUUGAAGAACAAUGGGAAGAGAUGAUGAACCUUACAAAUUGUCUUUGUUGGAAUCUUGUGAAGAAAGAGGGGUACAUUGCAAUUUUGCAGAAACCCCUUGACAACAGUUGCUAUUUAAACCGUGAUUCAGAGACCCAACCCCCAUUGUGUCGUAAGGAGGACAACCCAGACGAUGUUUGGUACGUUGAUUUAAAGCCAUGUAUUACUCCAUUGCCUGAAGAUAGAGCAGGAGCAAACACUACCACAUGGCCCGCAAGAUUGCAUAAUCCUCCUGAGAGGCUCCAAAGCAUAAAGCUUGAUGCCUUUGUAUCUAGAAAAGAUCUCUUUAAAGCAGAAUCAAAAUACUGGAGAGAAAUAAUUGAUAGUUACCUGCGCUCUUUACAUUGGAAAAAAUGGAAACUUAGAAAUGUGAUGGACAUGAGAGCUGGCUUUGGAGGAUUUGCAGCAGCCUUGGUGGAUAAUCAACUAGAUUGUUGGGUUAUGAAUGUUGUUCCUGUUAGUGGUCCAAACACUUUGCCUGUCAUUUAUGAUCGUGGACUUCUUGGAGUUAUGCAUGAUUGGUGUGAACCAUUUGACACAUACCCAAGAACCUACGAUCUCUUGCAUGCGGCGGGUCUUUUCUCAGUUGAGCAAAAAAGAUGCAACAUGUCAAGCAUCAUGCUCGAGAUGAAUAGAAUGUUAAGACCUGGGGGUCAUGUGUACAUUCGUGAUUCUAUUUUGGUGAUGGAUGAACUUCAAGAGAUUGGGAAGGCCAUUGGUUGGCAUGUGAGUCUUAGAGAUACAGCUGAGGGGCCUCAUGCAAGUUACCGAAUCCUUAUAUGUGAUAAACGCCUCAAGUAAUGAAGUCUAACAAUUGAAGACCAAAAUCAAGAUCUUGUUCUCUCUCUCUCAAUGACAUAAAGGGUUAUUCUCUCUUCUUGAACUGCGUUUUUGUGUUUCUUUCAACCUCAACCUUAACAAAGAGAUGAAAGAUUAUCAGAUCUUAAAGUAAAGGCCUUUCUAUGUAAAAAUCUGAGUGAUGUAGUUAGCCUUCCGAUUCCAAUUAAUCUUUUUACUUGAACGCAGUUUACAUUGAGUAUAGUUAGUUGUUUCUUCUUGUCCAAAAGAAUGGCUAGAAAUUGUGUACAAAGGGUAGUACCAAAAUCUUUUUUCAAGAUUGUAUGUAGUUUAUCCAACCAGCCCAAUAAGCUGGGUUUGCUUUGCAUAGUGAUUGCAAAACAUUAUUCAAGUACAUAUGCAGAAAUUCAGAAUCAAUCCAUUUUGUA